CGUUAUGCAGGUUUGAAAUAUUUGUUGUCAAAGAGAUUACAUACUCUUAAAAUAGUUGUAUUUUUCUGUAGUACGUUUAAACUACUAAUAGUAUAAUAAUGUCGUGGUUUGUAUCUUAUACACAGGUGUAUUAACACAGAUUACAUGUAUAAAAACUGGACUUAAUAUUUCAUCAGGUGUAUUUGAUGUGAUGGUUAUAUUUACUUUUAUUUACUAGUUAGAAAAGUUAUUCCUUUAUCGACAGCCAGGAGAUAUUUUUUCAUAAUGGCAGGAGGUUUUACAGAAACUGCCUUUAUUAAAAAAUUAUCUGAUUUAAACAACUCUUCGCAAAGUAUACAAACAGUCAGUUUGUGGUUAAUUCAUCAUAGGAAACAUUACAGCACAGUUGUAAAAAUCUGGUUUCGAGAAUUGAUUAAAGCCAAAGAUUCAAAAAAACUAACUUUCAUGUAUCUUGCAAAUGAUGUUAUUCAAAACAGCAGGAAAAAAGGGCCAGAAUAUGGACAAGAAUUUAGUUUACACCUCAACAAAGCUUUUGAGCACAUGUCUAAAAGUGAUACAAGAACUAAAAAUAGUCUGAAUAGAUUGAUAAAUAUAUGGGAUGAGAGGGGAAUAUAUGAUAAUAAGCUCAUACUAGAAUUCAAAAGAACAAUGGCUUCAUCACCUGAGGAAAAUGAACCACCUACUAAGAAAGUAAAAGUAAUUGAGAAGAAUAAAGAACGAAAGAAAUUUGACGCUGAAAAGAUUGUGGAGCAUUCUGAUGGUUCAAUCGAAACACACAUACAGUUAAGUCCUCACACACCUGCUGGCGAUCCUCCAGAACCAGAAGAAUUAAUAAAGGCCAUUCAAGAUUUAGAAGUAAAUAUUGCGUCGUCUGAUGAAGUGGUUAGAGAGAGAAUAGCUAAAUUACCGAGAGAAGUGUCAGAGGUAUCUCUGAUAUCUAAAAUACAAGAUAAGGAAACUGCUGAAAAAUUAAGCAAACAAGUGACAGAGGCUGUCCAAUUACUAAGUGAAUACAAUAGUAGGUUACUUUGUGAGAUGGAACAUAGAAAAAGGGUAUCAGUGAUGAUGACAGAUUUCUUGUAUGUCCAAAAAGAAUUGCUGCAGCAAGCUCAUGUAACCUUAGAUGAAUAUCAAGCAAAGCAGUCGAAGGUGAUGAACGCGAUGAUGGAAUUACAAAAGCACAUACGAAGUUUACCAGAUUUGACGCAAUUGCCCAACGUCACAGAUGGAUUGGCCCCGUUACCAUCAGCCGAACAUUUAUUUAUGCAGUAAAUGUGUAGAAUAUUAAAUAAUUGAUGGAUUGCGAUUAUAUUUGUCUGUAUUCUGUAAUCCUAUUUUAUCAAAUUAUUUUUUAAUACUACGUUUGAGUUUUGAAUUUUUUGUUUGUUUUUUAAGGCUGUUUACAUUUUAAAGUUGCCUACUUUAGAAAGUAUAUGCAGUUUGAUUUAAAUUAGGUGUGUUACGAUACCAAUGCAUCUGUAUAGUUACUAUUAUUGAGUCAAUAAAUAUAUAGAAAAUUU